AUGUCUGAUCAAGACAUUCAUACAGAUAAAUACAGCGAAUUACGAAGUAGUCAUAAAUGCUACAUCGAUAUAUAUAAUGCGUUAUAUCAGCUAAAAACAGAAAAUGAAGGAGAAUUAAACUCGAUUUACAAUUUAAUCAAAAAAGAAUUGAUUAAUUCAAAGAAAGACCUACCCCAAAGCGUAAUGGAAGAAAUUUUAGAUAUCAUUAAAUUCAAUAAUCGGUAUACAAUGUCAUAUUUAUUUCUUGCCAAACUCAUAUUUGAUGAAUAUCAUUUGGAAGCGGUCACAAAUAAUAGAUUGAUUACUGACAUCCUGCUUUACCAAGAAUUAGGUAUUAAAUUGGGCAUUUCUAUACCAGAAUAUCUGGAUUUUCAUACAGAAAAUUUCGAUAUUCAUACAGAAAAUACAAUCUACAGAACAAUUAUAUAUAAUGACCUUAAAAGAUUCAUCUCACUCACGGAAAUAGAAGGAUUUAGUGAAUAUCAAAAACUUGACAGCAAAUUAUAUCCAUUUAUUCCCCAAGGCUUAUCAUUACUUGAAUUAUGUUGUUACCAUGGAGCAGUUGAUUGUUUCAAGUUCUUAAGAACGAAAUUUAACUCAGAGAUAACUCAAAAGUGUCUAGAAUUUUCAUUUUUAGGAGGAAAUCCAGAAAUCAUGAGUGAAUGUUUGAAGCAUAAGAAACCAGAUAGAUUUUGCAUGGAAAAUGCAAUUAUUUCACACAACAUUGAUUUUGUUACAUUCUUGAUGAAUGAAUACAAUAUAAAGAUCGAUCUAACAGAUUGCGUCAUUUAUAAUAAUCUUGAUGCAUUUUUAGUUUAUAUCGAUCAAAUUAAUGAUAUUAAUCAAUGCUUUAUUUACUCAUGGGAUUUUAAUAUUCCAUCCCUUUUAGAUUACUUCAUUAUACAUGGUGCAAAUAUCAAUGAAAAAGAUGAAGAAGGAAAUACGGCACUUCAUAUUGCGGCACUAUAUAAUAGUAAAGAAACAGCCGAACUUCUUAUUUCACAUGGUGCAAAUAUCAAUGAAAAAGAUUCUGAAGAAUCCACAGCUCUACAUUCUGCAGCCUGUAAUUGUAAAGAAGUCGCCGAACUUCUUAUUUCACAUGGUGCAAAUAUUAAUGAAAAGGAAGAAUUUGGAAAUACGGCACUUCAUAUUGCGGCACAAUAUAAUAGUAAAGAAACAGCCGAACUUCUUAUAUCACAUGGUAUAAAUAUCAAUGAAAAAGAUAAAGAUGGAAAUACGGCACUUCAUAUUGCGGCACAAUAUAAUAGUAAAGAAACAGCCGAACUUCUUAUUUCAUAUGGUGCAAUUAUCAAUGAAAAAGAUAAAGAUGGAAAAACUGCUCUACAUUAUACAGCAAAACAUAAUAGUAAAGAGACUGCCGAAGUUCUUAUUUCACAUGAUGCAAAUAUCAAUGAAAAAGAUAACAAUGGAAAAACCGCUCUACAUUAUGCAAAUAGUUUCUUUAAUAAAGAAAUGGCUGAACUUCUUAUCUCACAUGGUGCAAAUAUCGAUUAA